GGGGUGACCCUGAGUGCCCGCUGGGGGGCGCUGCAGGACCAGCCCACACAUGAUUGGCUCCAUUACGUCAUGCUAUAAAUACCCGCUUUAAUGGAAACGAUCGUUAUCGUCUCCUGACUGCAGUGCGCAUGCUCGUUCCUGCUCCAGAGGCUUUGUUUACAUAACAGCUGGAUGAGGGACCGCGUGCGUCCCGCCGCGUGCCGCAGAUCUCGCAGCAGCAGAGAGGUGUGGUGGUGGGUGUGUGCGCGCGUGCCCGCCGCCGCAGAGCCGCGUGCCUUUCUACACCUGCGGCGGUGAGGUGGGCGGUGCUAAGAGCCAAGGGCCGAAGGGGGGCGGAGCCGCUCGGACACGAGUAUGUGACGUCAGCUGGCAGGUCGCAGAGAAACAAACAUGGCGGCAGAAUGGAGCGGGCAGCACGGGUACGCUCUGACCGUCAUCGUCUGCCUGUGGAGCGCGGCCGGCGGGCGCGCGGAGACCGCGGCGGCCGCGGGCGGCGCCGGCGGCUGGACGCAGGUGCUCGGGAUGCGGUUCGAGCGCAGCGACAAGCCGGCCAGCACCACUGAGGACGGCGUCAUCCAGGUGACCGAGCACAGCUCCGUGCAGCUCCGCUUCUACGGGCUGCAGCUGCACGCGGGCGCCUGGACGCAGAUCCGCUUCACGGAGGUGGCGGACAGCGGGGGCGGGGGGGAGGCGGAGGAGGACGAGGAGGAGGCGGCGGCCGCGGCCCGGGGGGGCAGCGGCAUGAUGGACGCGCAGGACCGGAGCUGCGCGGACUUCACCAAGGACAUCGUGGUCGGGAGCUUCAUGAACGUGAGCGGCCGCGGCACCACCGGGGUGCUGAGCGUGCUCGUCAAGCCGCUGCGCAAGAGCGAGGCGCAGAAGGAGUACGCGCUGUGCACGCCCAGCGGAGACGGCGGCAGGUGGGUGCUGCUGGGGGGCAGCGACGGCCGGGUGCUGGUCCUGGAGGAGAAGAAGUCGCUGCUGCCGCUGUGGCUGCAGGUCAUCCUGAUCUGCGGCCUGCUGGUUCUGUCCGGCAUGUUCAGCGGGCUGAACCUGGGCCUGAUGGCGCUGGACCCCAUGGAGCUGCGCAUCGUGCAGAGCUGCGGCACCGACAAGGAGAAGCGCUACGCGCGCAAGAUCGAGCCCAUCCGCAGCAAAGGGAACUACCUGCUGUGCUCGCUGCUGCUGGGCAACGUGCUGGUCAACACCACGCUCACCAUCCUGCUGGACGACCUGAUCGGGUCCGGGCUGGGCGCCGUGGUCGCCUCCACCAUCGGCAUCGUCAUCUUCGGGGAGAUCGUCCCGCAGGCGCUGUGCUCCCGCCACGGGCUGGCGGUGGGCGCCAACACCAUCAUGGUCACCAAGUUCUUCAUGCUGCUGACCUUCCCGCUGUCCUUCCCCAUCAGCAAGCUGCUGGACGUCCUGCUGGGCCAGGAGAUCGGAACCGUGUACAACCGGGAGAAGCUGGUGGGGAUGCUGAGGGUGACGGAGCCCUACAACGACCUGGACAAGGAGGAGCUCAACAUGAUCCAGGGCGCGCUGGAGCUGCGCUCCAAGACCGUGGAGGACGUCAUGACGCCGCUGGCCAACUGCUUCAUGAUCCAGGCGGACGCCGUGCUGGACUUCAACACCAUGUCCGAGAUCAUGGAGAGCGGCUACACCCGGAUCCCGGUGUACGACGAGGAGAGGUCCAACAUCGUGGACAUCCUCUACGUCAAGGACCUGGCCUUCGUGGACCCGGACGACAGUACCAACCUGAAGACCAUCACCAAGUUCUACAACCACCCGGUCCACUUUGUGUUCCACGACACCAAGCUGGACGCCAUGUUGGAGGAGUUCAAGAAAGGUAAAUCCCACCUGGCCAUCGUCCAGAAGGUGAACAACGAGGGGGAGGGGGACCCGUUCUACGAGGUGCUGGGAUUGGUCACUUUGGAGGACGUCAUCGAGGAGAUCAUCAAGUCGGAGAUCCUGGACGAGUCCGACCUGUACACCGACAACAGAAACAAGAAGAAGGUCGACUCCAACAAGAACAAACGCGACUUCUCCGCCUUCAAACACGACGUCAAAGUGAAGAUCUCCCCUCAGCUCAUGCUGGCGGCGCACCGUUUCCUCGCCACAGAGGUGAACCUGUUCAGCCCGUUCCAGAUCACAGAGAAGGUCCUGCUGAGGAUCCUCCGACACCCAGAGGUCAUCCAGGAGCUGAAGUUCAACGAGAACGACAAGCGCUCGCCGCAGCACUUCCUGUACCAGCGCAGCAAACCCGUCGAUUACUUCGUCCUCAUCCUGCAGGGUCGGGUUGAGGUGGAGGCUGGAAACGAGAACAUGAAAUUUGAAACGGGAGCGUUCUCUUACUACGGAGUCAUGGCUCUGAGCACGCCAUCGCUGGCCGUCACCCCCCCUCUGUCCCCGUCAGUGACGUCCCCCCCUCCACGACGCCUCUCUCUUAAGAGGUUUUCUCUUUUCUCUCGUUUCCCAGAGUUUCGUUCUCCGUCACACGGUGGGAACCUGAACCGCUCGGCCUCUCUGAGCUGCACUGAGCGCGCUCAGGAGAGCGGCUCCGUCAGCGGGAGCCAGCCCCAGAUACCAGGAACCCCCUUCCAGUACAUCCCGGACUUCAGCGUUCGAGCCCUCACGGACCUUCAGUAUGUGAAGGUCACACGGGCUCACUACCAGAAUGGCCUCCUGGCGUCCAGACUGGACAGCAUGCCUCAGUCUCCGGAGGGCAGCCGCGCACGGCUGGACACGUCCCUCUCUCUGCCUCCCAUCACGCCACCCGGGAUGAGCACGCCGCUGCCUCUGGCCACGCCCCCUGUGAAGCACCAGUCGUCCAAUCCACAGCCGACGCCACCAAACAGUCGCUCCACCCAAACCUCAACAAGCCGCUCGCCGAGCCAGCCCCAAGCCACGCCCCUUUCCAGCAACCACACUCCCCUCUCCCAGACCUCCCCCUCCUUGGCAAAGCCGGCGUCUUCUACGCCCAGCCCCACCCUAACCAUCUCUAAGCUGUCCCCGCCCUUCGAGGGCCCGGACAGCGCGGCGGGAGAGACCACCACUCUGCUCAGUGAGCAGCAGAACUGUAUUGGCCCCCGCCAGCCUAGCUACACCCAACCACACCAACAUGUCCACACCAUCAGCCACGCCCACACUGAAAGUACCAUCUAACCAAACCUUUCCUGUGAAAUCCCACAUUUUCCUGAGGGACGCGGAGGAUCAGAGACCACACCCCAGUCUGUCCUGCAUGCUCCCCAACCAACACGACCACGAACGCGACGAUAGGAGCUGACGCAAAGGGAAAACUCCGCCCACACAUGGUGGAGCCUUUGAAAAUGGCUCCUCCUCUUUUUCAAAAACACUGAGCUGAAUGGAAUUCAGUUUAUGUGCUCAAGCUACAAUAUAAACAUUUUCAAUUCGAACAAAACAACAAAAAUCCCUUUUGAAAAACAGAAGUGCUGCCCUCUGUGGUCGUAUGCAGUACUGCAUCCUGCAUGUUUAGCAUUAAUCUACUUUUCACCGUGUGAAAUUUACAUGUAAAACUGUUCCUGCUAGAAAUGUGCAUUUGGAAAACAAGAAUAAUGCAACCUCGUUUUUACCUUAAGAGACACCAGAAGAAUUUAGCUGAAAUACGAUUUCUACGUUUAAGCAACAAAUGCAUUUGGAGGAAACGCAUCAAAACCACAGCAGGAACAAAACAAUCCUAUUCAUUAUUUAAAUGAUGUGACUUUUACAGGGAAAACAGUUUUACAGCCAACUGUUGGAAACGUUUUAGACUUCUUUUUUUUGUCUUCUGUUUGUUUUUUUCUUCUUUUAUCCAAAGAGCGAAACUUCCAAAGUUACAAAGUAAACCACAAUGGUUUUAUUUACUGUAAGAUGCGUUCAGGUAGGUCUCUUUUGUCAGAGAUUGUGUGCUCUUUGGAAAUGAGGCCUCACAGUUGGGCACAUUCACAAACCAGCAAUCGGACCAGACUCACUGUGGCUUCAGGAAGUGGAACCAAACGCAUCGCUGGAACCGCAGGCUGGUGAGCCCACUUCAGUCCAAACUGCAAAACACCGUUUUCAAACGUCAGGAAACCUUUCAGCCUCAUUUCCACUGAGCAGUCCGGGACGCUCCGGCAUUUUUGAGCAUUUCCAUUGUUAAAUGGACCCAUUAAACCACCUGUCCAAGUCGAGGCCCGGGGGCCGGAUCCGGCCCUCCGGGUGAU